AAAUCAAAAUUACAUUGAUUAAUCCGACAAUUACGCCUUAAAUUGGAUUCUCUUAUCUUUCAUCUUCACAUCCAAACAAAAAACAGAGCACACUAAAAAAGAUUUCUUGCUCACUCCACUCAAAGCUUUUCCAAAUUGCUCGAUUCAAUCAAACUACACCAUUUCAAAAUUCGCACAAUCAAACAACAAAUUAAUCUCGAUUGCUUCUCAAUUUCUCCCCAAACCCCAUUUGAUAAUCGAUACAUCACCGUUACUGUAAAAAGGAUUUUGAUUUUUGACCUUUUUCCUCGAGAGUCGAAAACCUCUUCACCAAUGGCGGAGGUCUACUUCUCCUUCUUCUCUCUCCUCCUCCUCAUCCCACUCUCUCUCCUCCUCAUCCUCUACCUCAUCGUCCGCCCCAAGGCCGUCCGCGUCCCGAUCAAGAACCGCCACGUGUUCAUCACCGGCGGCUCCAGCGGCAUCGGCCUAGCCCUAGCGCGCCUCUGCGCCCAAAGCGGCGCCGACGUCACACUCCUCGCGCGCAACGCCGCCCGCCUGGAGGAGGCCCAGCAGUCGAUCAAGCUCGCCACGGGCCGCGACGUCAGGGUCUUCAGCGCCGACGUCAGGGACUACGACGCCGUCAAGCGAGCGGUGGAGGAGGCCGGCCCGAUCGACGUGCUCGUGUGCAACCAUGGGGUUUACGUGCCGCAGGAGCUGGAGGAGCAGGAUCUGGAGGAGAUCAAGUUCAUGAUCGACGUCAAUCUCACGGGGACCUUCCAUCUGAUCAAGGCCGCCUUGCCCGGGAUGAAGAGGAAUCGGGCCGAGAAAGGGCCCGGUUCCAUUGCGAUUAUGUCGUCGCAGGCGGGCCAGGUUGGGAUUUAUGGCUACACAGCUUAUUCGGCGAGUAAGUUUGGCCUCAAGGGUUUGGCAGAAGCGCUGCAACACGAGGUUAUAGCAGACAACAUUCAUCUCAGCCUCAUUUUUCCUCCAGAUACCGAAACUCCUGGUUUUGCGGAAGAGACCAAGAGACGUCCACAGCUGACUAGUAUAAUAGCUGCUUCCUCUGGUGCAAUGAAAGCUGAGGAAGUCGCUGAGAAAUCUCUGAAAGGAAUCCAGUCGGCCACGUUUAUGGUUCCCUGCAACUUGGAAGGAUUCUUACUUGCUGUUGCCACGGCCGGUUUAUCCCCUCAGAGGUCGUGUCUGACUGCGUUCGUGGAGGUAAUGACCGCCGGUAUAAUGCGCCUGGCUGGCUUAGUUUUUCAAUGGAAUUGGUACAGCAGCAUUGAGAAAUGGCAUGCAAAGAAGUAGUUGUUCUUACAUGGAUCUUUGAUUUUUGCUCUCUGCCCACGAAGAAUUUAUCUUGAAAGCGAAAGGCUCGAGUUUUGAGAUACUUGAAAGUUUGCGUCUUGUUUGGGUGUUUUCGCUCGCUGCAGUCGUCUCAUCAUCUGGGAAAGCUUGAACUCGAACCACUGCGCGCCUCGUGCGUAUUUGUAUCACUUGAAAAUCUUUCUAACUUGUGUUUUUGGUAGGGAUGAAGUGAAAGAAAAACCAAACUAAACAAGUGUUGUUGUUGCUUAUUUGCAGAAUGUAACUAACCAUGAAAAUUUCAGUGAUUUCUUUUUGCAGUUAUACUAUGUUUGGGUUUCUUUUUA